AUGGGCAACACCGACAGGAGAGGGCCGGAGAUAUCAGAUGGAUGGCAGGGCACGAGCGAGGACGGUUCUAACGUCGACACGUCCAGCGGGGGGCCGCUGAAGGUGGCCGUCAUUGGCGCAGGCGUCGCCGGCCUAGGCGCUGCGUGGCACCUUUCCAGCUCUCCCAACGUCAGGGUCACGGUGCUGGAGGCCGAAGACAGGCCCGGGGGGCACGCCCAAACGCUGGACCUCAACCUGGAUGAGAAAACCGUUCCCGUCGACACCGGAUUUAUGGUGUUCAACGAGCAGAACUACCCGAACAUGGUCCGUCUCUUCGAGGAGCUCGGCGUUGGGUCGGAAAAGACGGACAUGUCCUUCAGCGUCAGCUUGGACGACGGGGACGUAGAGUGGGGCAGCGAGGGGCUGUCCUCCCUCUUCGCCCGCAAGAGAAACGCCCUGUCGCCGGGUUUCUACGGCAUGCUGCGGGAGAUGGCUCGGUUCAAUCAAGAGGCGCCGCGACUGCUGGAGCUGGAUGACGAGGACCCUCGCAAGUCCGUGAGCGUGAGGGAGUACCUCAAGGCCAACGGCUUCUCGGAGGCGUUCGCCCGUUACUACCUCGUGCCCAUGGCGGCGGCGCUUUGGAGCAGCACGGCGGCGGACGUGAUGGGCCACAGCGCCCUGGCCAUGAUCAGCUUCUUCCACAACCACCAGAUGCUGCAGGUGUUCGGGAGGCCGCAGUGGAUGACCCCGGCGGGGCGGAGCCGCCAGUACGUCCGAGAGAUCUGCCGCAGGAUCGGGGAGGACAAGAUCGAGCUGGGCAACGCCUGCCGCAGCGUGGCCGCGAAGAGGCCCAAGCCUGCCACGUCGGAGGCUGCGGGUCACCAGGGAGAGGAGAAGGGAGGGGGGGGGGUUGAUGUGGUGGUUGAAGAUUCGGUGGUGGAGGGGGCAGGGAGCGAGGGGUCGGGAGAAGGAGUAGACGUGGUCGAGGUUAAGGUUAAGGCUAAGGAGGAAGAGGAGGACCACGGGGACGACGAAGCUGGGAGGUGGAGGGUUGUCGACGCCAGGGGGAAGGCGAGAUUUUUCGAUGAGGUAAUCUUCGCUUGUCCGGCGGACACAGCCCUGGCGCUGCUUGGAGGGGGGGAGGGGGAGGGGGAGGCGUCAAGCGAGGAGAGGGACGCCCUGAGCCGUUUCUCCUUCUCCGACAACACGAUCUACGUGCACAGCGACGAGAGACUGAUGCCCAAGCGGCGAGCCGCUUGGAGCGCUUGGAACUACCUCGGUAAGUCCACGGAGAUUGCGGCGGCGGCGGCAAGGGGGCACGCCGCGGACACCAAGCCCGCGUUCGUCACGUACUGGCUGAACAAGCUCCAAAACCUCGACUGUUCCACCCAAGUGUUCGUGUCCCUCAACCCGCACACGCCGCCGGAGCCCGGCCUGGUCCACGAGACGCUGCGGUACCGACACCCCCAGUUCUCGCCGAGGGCGGAGGGCGGCCAACGACUGCUGUCGUCGGUGAACGGGAAGCGCGGCCUGUGGUUUUGCGGCGCUUGGAGGGGCUACGGCUUCCACGAGGACGGCUUGAGAUCGGGGCUCGAGGCCGCGGCGGGCAUCACCGGGAAGGCGGUGCCGUGGGUAGCAGCCUCGGCAGCCACCCUCGGCAGCGCGACCCCCAGAUCCCCGACCACCUCCUCGUCGCCGCCGUCCAGCCUCCCGCCGUCUCCCUCCGGCCACGCCUCCUCCGCCCCGCCGCCGCCGCAAACCCGGGGUUUGGUUCUCCCGCAGCCCCGGGUUUCCCUGGGGCGGACGGCCUGGACCAGAAGGGUGGCCGAGUGGGGGUGUUCCAUGGUGGAGGCGGUGGCCGUCCGGGCCAUCUGCGGGUUCCUGCGGCGGACCGUAGCCAAGGGUUGCAUGACCAUCUCGUGCCCGGACGGCCGGGAGCUGCGGUUCGGGGACCCCGGCGUGGCUGCUGCUGGAGUGGGGGGGGGAGGGGGGGACGGGACGUCUUCCGGCGAGGGGGGCAGGAGGGUGGCCAUCCGGGUGUUCGACUGGUGGUUCUUCGUGAGGGUGGCCAUGGAGUACGACCUCGGCCUUGCAAGGUCGUACUUGGCGGGCGAGUGGGAGGUUGUCGGUGAGAACGAGGAGCACGACGGGCUGAGGCAGAUCUUCCUCUUCUUCGUGGACAACAGAGACGUCUCCACGGACACUCGCGGCCGAAGCGGUGGGAUGAAGGCGGGGAAGCUCCUCACGAGCUGGGUCGGGUACGGGCUGAACUACCUUCGGUAUAAGCUGAGCAUGGAUAACAGCCUCAGCGGCUCCAGGUCAAACAUCGAGGCUCACUACGACCUGUCGAACGAGCUGUUCAAGACCUUCCUCGACGUGGACUACAUGCUCUACAGCUGCGGGAUCUUCCAAGCGGACAUGGGCAGCCCUGGCGGCGAGCUAGUCCUCUCCGGGUCGCUGGAGAAGGCGCAGGAGCGAAAGGCGGACGCCCUGAUCGCGAGGGCCAGGCUGUCCAAGCACCACCGCUUGCUCGACAUCGGCUUCGGUUGGGGAGGCAUUUCCAUCAGGGCGGCCGAGACUGUCGGGUGCCGCGUGCACGGCAUCACUCUGAGCAAGGAGCAGAAGGCGUUGGCCGAGGAGAAGGUGUUGGCGCGCGGGCUGCAGGAUCUCAUCACGUUCGAGCUGGUGGACUACCGAGACUUCGCCAAGCAGCACCCGGGAGAGUUUGACCGCAUCAUCUCGUGCGAGAUGAUCGAAGCGGUGGGGCACAACUACCUGGGGACGUUCUUCGCAUCCACGGAUGCCCUGCUGGCCCCCGGCGGCGUGAUGGUGAUGCAGGCCAUCACCACCCCGGAGAACCGUUACGAGGAGUACAUCAGGUCCACCGACUUCAUCAACACCAUCAUCUUCCCAGGGUCGUGCUGCCCUUCCCUGACGGCCCUGCUGUCCGCCAUGGCCAGCAGCAGCUCCUUCUCCCUCGAGGGCCUGGACAACAUGUGCGUGCACUACGCGCACACCCUCAAGCAGUGGAGGCAUCGCUUCAACCACUCGUUGGACCAGGUCAUGGCCCAAGGCUUCGACUCGGCCUUCGUCCGGUGCUUCAACUACUACUUCGCCUACUGCGAGGCCGGCUUCGUCAGCCGCACGGAGGGGCUCAUGAUGCUCACCUUCGCCAGGCCGGGGACAGCCGCGCUCGACCCCAAUGCGGUCACCUCGAUACUCCUGCGGGAUUAG